UCUCCUCCGAGUUUAGAGAAGCCAACCUCCAGUCCCGCGGUAGAUGCCUUCACUCAGUGCUUUUAUAAAACAUUGCGUCCAACGCUUGCACUUGCAUUGCAAUCCAGACAAAACACGCAGUUUAAUAGAAACCCUCUAAGGAACAAAAAAAUAACUUUUGACUGUUUUUGUCAACUUUUGGAGGAGGAAAGUUUGGACAGUCGAAGUGUGCACGGACUCAGACUGUCAUUGCAGUCUUAAAACCCACAACGCUUGGAUUUUAGGAGAAAGGAUUUUCUCUGAAAGUAAUUUUUUUUAUUGCAACAAGUUGUCCUGCAACAUUUUUGUUCGCAUGAAUCUACUCGACCCCUACCUUAAAAUGACAGAAGAACAGGAGAAGUGUUGUCACUCUGACGUGCCAAGCCCCAGCAUGUCUGAAGAAGACUCCGUUGGCUCUCCUUGCCCGUCCGGCUCUGGAUCAGACACCGAGAACCACCGGCCGUCCGACAACCACCUCCUCUUAGGACAGGACCAUCCUAUGGGUGAAUACAAGAAGGAGGCGGAGGAAGAGAAGUUCCCCGUGUGCAUUAGAGAUGCCGUGUCCCAGGUGCUGAAGGGCUACGACUGGACCCUGGUGCCCAUGCCGGUGCGCGUAAACGGUUCCAGUAAAAAUAAACCCCACGUGAAGAGACCGAUGAACGCCUUCAUGGUGUGGGCUCAGGCUGCACGGAGGAAGCUGGCGGACCAGUAUCCACAUCUCCACAACGCCGAACUCAGCAAGACUCUUGGCAAACUUUGGAGACUUUUAAACGAAGGGGAGAAGCGCCCGUUUGUGGAAGAAGCCGAGCGCUUAAGGGUUCAACACAAAAAGGACCACCCGGACUACAAAUACCAACCGAGGCGGAGGAAAUCUGUCAAAAACGGUCAGAGCGAGUCCGAAGACGGCGAGCAAACACACAUAUCUCCAAAUGCCAUCUUCAAGGCGCUGCAGCAAGCCGACUCCCCAACCUCUAGCAUGGGGGAGGUGCACUCCCCCGGCGAGCACUCAGGUCAGUCCCAAGGCCCACCGACACCCCCCACCACCCCCAAGACCGACCUGCCCUCAGGGGGCAAGGGGGAGAUCCUGAAGCGCGAGGCUUCCGGCCGUCCCGCGCCGGAGGGCCGCCAGCUCAACAUCGACUUUGGCGCGGUGGACAUCGGCGAGCUGAGCAGCGACGUCAUCAUCAACAUGGGCAGCUUCGACGUGGACGAGUUCGACCAGUACCUGCCGCCCCACAGCCACGCCCACGCCCACCUGACGGCCGGCGGCUACACGGGGAGCUACGGCCAGUCGGCUAGCCCGGGCGCCCACGCCUGGAUGCUGAAGCAGCAUCAGCAGCAGCAGCAGCAGCAGCAGCAGCAGCACUCUCUGACCACGCUGGGCGGAGACGGCGAGCAGAGGACCACCCAGAUCAAGACGGAGCAACUGAGCCCCAGCCACUACCGCGAGCAGCAGGGCUCGCCUCCGCAGCACGUGGCCUACGGCUCCUUCAACCUGCAGCACUACAGCCCGGCCUCCUACCCCUCCAUCACCCGCGGGCCGUCCCAGUACGACUACUCAGAACACCAGGCGGCCGCGAACUCCUCCAGCGGCACCGCUAACUCCUCCUCCGCCGCCGCGACCGCCGCCGCGUCCUCCUACUACGGCGGGCAGGGCUCCUCCGGCCUCUACGCCGGCUUCGGCUACAUGAACCCCAGCCAGAGGCCCAUGUACACCCCCAUCGCCGACCCCACCGGAGUGCCCAGCGUGCCCCAGACCCACAGUCCGCAGCACUGGGAGCAGCAGCCCGUCUACACGCAGCUGUCCCGGCCCUGAGGACGCCCCCCCCCCCCCCGUCCCCCCAGCGCAGACUGUGUAUAAAGUUAAGAAAAAAACUCAAGCCCAUCCUCCCCCCUCUACCCCAAACCCACCCCCACAGACUGUUCUCUCCGUAGACCUGGCGGCCUUUUGUACCGACGUGCCACACGCGCCCUUCAUCUCAGAUCUUCGCCAACCCCCCCCCCACCCCUCCUCUCCCCAAACCAUCACAAGGACCUUUUUUUUUUUUUUUUUUUAUAUAUAUAUUAUUAUUAUUUUUUCCAUAGUACUGAAAAUAUACCUUUUGGAACGGCUCACAACAGUGCCUUUUUGUAUUGCUCGGAUUUGUGGUUAUAUUUUUCUAGAUAUAAGGUGCGAACAUUGUGACGUCCUCUGUGAGGACAUAUGGGUUCUCGAUAUUUUUUAGUAUGUACUGUGUAUGUGUUCUGCUCCCCAGCCCCCACCCCCCCAUCCGCCAUCAACCUGAUCAGUGUCAUCAUCUUCAUCACCACCACUGCCAUCUUCAUCAUCAACUGAGGGGUCCGGACUCCCCUCCCCCCUCCCCCCUCUGUGGCCUUACUAAUGUAUUUUUGUACAGCAAUGAAGUUACAUCCUUUGACCUUAUCAUAGCCUACAUCCCGUGAUGAAUCUCUGUACUGUACAUAUUUUAUUGUGAUUCCUCUGAGAUGCACAAAUGGAGCGAAGCUGACGUGUCAUCGUUUUUUAAAUCCUUUUAAAUCGAUUGGUUGACUUGGCAAAAACGUGGUUCUCUUUGUCUCGCUUGGUCUCAAAUUGUUCUAAUUGUGCUGGGAGGAAGCUAGUCCGCGUUGCUGUGGCGUUCCACCAGGGGCCUUACCUUGUUGCUAAAUGUAAUGGAGCAAUGCUUGUCUGGUUGUUGGUGUUUUUACUCCGUUUUAAUCCGGGUACUGCCUUGAUGCCGUCGGUGUCUGUGGAGCCACAACCGGUGUUGCUGUGUCAAAAAUAAUAGUUCUGAUAUCCUGCUGAAGGAGCUGCAGGAAGUGCCCUUUGACCUUUGCCCCCCCUCCAGGUCUCAGCUGAGUCUGGCGUUCCCUCUAUCAUUCCUACAGCCUGGUCCACUCUUCUUAACCUUUCGUUCUUAAUUUAUUCUUUAGCAUUAAUUUUAUUUGAAAAAAAUAACUAUUUGCAAUUAUCUUUUUUUUUUCUCUCCCAGCAACUAACUGAAAUGAAAAAAUGUGUUUCAGCCAGAAUAGUUUGCUGUUAUAUGUGGUACAAAUUUGUUUAUUUAUCGUCGGUAAAUGUUUCCAUUUAAAUGUUUUUUUUUAUUCUCCUCAUGAUCUAGUUAUGUGCAGAUUACGUAUGAUUACAAUAAACACAAUUUUAAAGUCUUUCUUUAAAAAGAUAAAAACUGGAAGAUUUCUCUUUUCUUUCUAACAAAUUAAUGGUUGUGGAACUUAUGGCUGUAUGUAAAAAAAAAAGUAGAAUCACCAUGAUAUUUUUUUCAAGCAGUUUUGUCAUUUUAUAUUCAGUGCUGUUAGUUCUCAUGUUGUCCUCUUCUAAAUGCAGUUUCAAUAGAUAAACAUGCCAUGCCUUAAAAGCUUAUAUUUUGUAUUACAUUGUUUGCAAUAAAAUAAACAUAUUGAAAAUAAAUGUAAA